AUGUCUGAUAAUAUGCAAAUAGAUUCACCAUUACAAGAGAUUGAUGAAGGUUUAUAUUCACGUCAAUUGUACGUGUUGGGCAAAGAGGCAAUGCUCAAGAUGCAGAAUGCCAAUGUAUUGGUUAUCGGACUCAAUGGAUUAGGAGUUGAAAUUGCCAAAAACAUUGCUCUUGCUGGUGUCAAGUCAUUAAGUUUGUACGAUCCAAAUCCAGUGCAAAUUCAAGACUUAUCAACUCAAUUCUUUCUUUCUGAAUCAGAUAUCGGCCAGCCAAGAGAUCAAGUAAGUGCUGUUAAAUUACGUGAAUUGAAUGCAUAUGUUCCGAUUAGUGUUGUUGACAAUAUCAAGGAGGAAACAUUGUUGAAAUUCAAAUGUAUUGUUACAACCAAUAUAUCUUUGGAAGAACAAAUUAUAAUCAACCAAAUAACCCAUGCUAAUGAUAUUGGGUAUAUAAAUGCCGAUGUUCGUGGAUUAUUUGGGCAAAUUUUUGUUGAUUUUGGAGACAAGUUUACUAUUGUUGACCAAACUGGUGAAGAACCUUUAUCAGGAAUUGUAUCUGAUAUUGAGAAGAAUGGUACUGUAACAAUGUUGGAUGAGAAUAGACAUGGACUUGAGGAUGGCAACUUUGUCAAGUUUUCCGAAGUGGAAGGAUUACCUGGUUUAAAUGAAGGUAUAUACAAGGUUGAAGUAUUGGGACCUUAUGCAUUCAAAAUCAAAAUGGAUGGAAUUGAAGGCGAAUAUAAAAAAGGUGGUCUUUACACUCAGGUCAAAGUACCAAAGGAUGUCAAAUUUGAACCAUUGCUUGAACAAUUGAAAAACCCCGAGUUUUUAAUUUCUGAUUUUGCCAAAUUUGAUAAACCUGCACAAUUGCACAUUGGUUUCCAAGCUUUACAUGCAUUCAAGACAAAGAGACAAAGGUUACCAAGGCCUUAUAAUGUUGAGGAUGCCAAUGAAGCAUUUGCAUAUACUGAGCAAUUGGCAAAACAAAACAAUGUUGAAGAUAUUGACGAAUCGUAUUUGAAAGAAUUAUUUUACCAAGCUCAAGGGGAUAUUCCAGGAAUGGUGGCAUUCUAUGGUGGUUUGAUUGCUCAAGAAGUGUUGAAAUGUUGUUCAUCCAAGUUCACCCCGAUCAAGCAAUGGCUAUAUUUCGAUUCAUUGGAGUCGUUACCCGGAAAAGAAGAGUAUCCCCGUAAUGAGGAAAACAAUAAACCUAUUGGGUCGAGAUAUGAUGGUCAAAUCGCCGUGUUUGGUAAAAAAUUCCAAGACAAGAUUGCCAACUUGAAAAUUUUCCUCGUUGGUGCUGGUGCCAUUGGUUGUGAAAUGUUGAAAAAUUGGGCAAUGAUGGGAUUAGGUUCAGGACCUGAUGGUAAAAUAUUCAUCACUGACAACGACUCUAUUGAAAAAUCCAACUUGAAUCGUCAAUUCUUGUUUAGACCUAAGGAUGUUGGUAAAAACAAGUCUGACGUUGCUGCACAAGCAGUACAGGCCAUGAAUCCAGCAUUGAAGGGUAAAAUAGAAUCAAGAUUAGAUAAAGUGGGACCGGAAACACAAAAUAUUUUUGAUGAUGCAUUUUGGAGCAAUUUGGAUUUGGUCACCAAUGCAUUGGAUAAUAUCGAGGCAAGAACAUACGUGGACAGUCGUUGUGUAUUUUUCCAAAAGCCCUUAUUGGAAUCAGGAACCUUGGGAACCAAGGGUAACACCCAAGUUGUGGUGCCAUUCUUGACUGAAUCUUACUCAUCAUCACAUGAUCCACCAGAGAAGUCAAUCCCCUUAUGUACCUUGCGUUCAUUCCCAAGUAAGAUUGACCACACUAUUGCUUGGGCUAAAUCAUUAUUUCAAGGCUACUUUGUUGACUCUCCAGAAAGUGUCAAUUUGUACUUGAGUCAACCAAAUUAUGUUGAGCUGUCCUUGAAACAAAAUCCAGACAAGAAGGGAACAUUGGAGAACAUCUCCAAGUACUUGAAUGAACGCCCAUAUAGCUUUGAAGAUUGUAUCAAAUGGGCAAGAUUGGAGUUUGAAACCAAGUUUAAUCAUGAAAUUAAACAAUUGUUGUACAAUUUCCCCCACGAUGCCAAAACUUCAACUGGAGAACCAUUCUGGUCUGGACCAAAGCGUGCUCCUACUCCUUUAAAAUUCGAUGUGAACAACAAGGACCAUUUGGAUUUUAUUAUUGGUGGCGCUAAUUUAUUGGCGUACAUUUAUGGCUUGAAGGAACAAAAUGACAUUGAUAUUAAGGUGUUGGAAAAGAUUGAAAUUCCUGAAUUUCAACCAAAAUCAGGUGUCAAGAUUGCUGCAACCGAUGCUGAAGCUGAAGAACAAGCAAAUAACUUAUCCUCAUCUGCUGACGAUGAAGAAGUGAGGAAAAUUGCUGCAUCUUUACCUGAACCAAGCACUUUAGCUGGCUACAGGUUGAGUCCAAUUGAAUUUGAAAAAGAUGAUGAUACCAACCACCACAUAGAAUUCAUCACUGCUGCUUCAAAUUGUAGAGCGUUGAACUAUGGUAUUGAAACUGCUGAUGCUCACAAGACUAAAUUCAUUGCGGGUAAGAUUAUCCCAGCAAUUGCAACCACCACUGCCUUGGUCACUGGAUUGGUGUGCCUUGAACUAUACAAGGUUGUGGACAAGAAGGAUGAUAUCGAACAAUACAAGAAUGGAUUCAUCAAUUUGGCAUUACCAUUUAUUGGAUUUUCUGAACCCAUCAAGUCGGCAAGUGGUAAAUAUGGAGCUAAGGAAUACGAUCAAGUUUGGGAUCAAAUUAUAAUUGAUAGAGAUUUGACAUUACAAGAGUUGAUUGACAAGUUUGCCAAUGAAGAUAAAUUGGAGAUUUCGAUAUUGUCAUAUGAUGUUGUGGUAUUGUAUGCUUCAUUUUUCCCACCUAAAAAGAAGCAAGAAAGAUUGAAUUUGCCCAUUUCUCAAGUGAUUAAAUUGGUCACAAAGAAGGAUAUUCCCGCUCAUGUACAUUACUUGGUGUUGCAAGCAUGUUGUGAAGAUGAAGAAGGUGAGGAUGUAGAUGUUCCACCAAUUACUAUCAAGUACAAAUAG